CMCUUAUCGCGAAAGAUCCUACAAUUUGCGUACAUASAAGGAUUAAAUAAUACUGUAGCACAGAGAGAGAUCGUCAACAAGAAUUUACCCAGAGCAAAAGYAGAAGCGAGUCUACAASAAAAGAAAACAACGACUUCAUACGCGAAGACGAACAUGUCUGCCCGAGAAACAUGGGAGAGCCGAACGGCAUUUAUCCUGGCCGCUGUUGGCGCAGCGGUUGGAUUCGGAAACGUGUGGAGAUUCCCUGCUCUGGUCUACAAAUUUGGUGGCGGUGCGUUUUUCAUUCCGUAUGUCCUGGCCCUGGUUAUAGUCGGAAUCCCGCUCUUGAUCCAUGAAAUCGCCAUGGGACAGCACCUGCAAAAAUCAGAGAUCGGUGUCCAGCACCAUCUAAACAAACAUACAAAGGGAGUCGGUGUCGGUUCCAUCCUGGCGGGAAUGAUGGUUGCCACCUACUAUGUUCCGCUGGUUUCGUGGUGCAUCCGUGCUUUUUUUGAAAGUUUUGGGAAGAUGCGAAACGAUUGGGCCGGCAUAGAAGGAUCCGAUGCCAUGGAAUACUUUUACCACACCGUAAUUGGCCAAUAUACACUAGACGAGGAUCAAAAGCCGACACGAAUCGUGGUUGCCAAUGUCUUUUACUUGGCAUUUACGUGGGCUAUCGUAGGAUGCUGCCUCAGUUUUGGAUUGAAAUGGACGGGACGAGUGGCUUACGUCACUAUGGGAAUGCCAAUACUGAUGCUGUUUAUUCUACUGAUUCGAGCUUUGACCUUGCCGGGAGCCUCUAAUGGAGUUCACCAAUAUUUUGCGGAAUGGGACUGGUCGGUCCUGGUAGAUAAACCCGAUAUUUGGUCUACGGCGGUCUCGCAAAUCUUUUUCUCCAUCGGUAUCGCAGUAAGUAUUUGAAAGUCUUUUGUUGAUUCGCUUUUGCUAUCCCUUGAAGAACUAAGCAUCUCCCGACCAACAAAUUACCAACUCACCUUCUAUGGCUCUGUGAUCACUAUUCAGUUUGGAGUCAUGACAGCGUUCGGAUCACAUUGCGACAAGAACGCGCCUGCCAUUGAGAACAGCUUUAUCAUUGCGAUCGCAAAUUCAACCUUUUCAAUUCUGAGUGGGGUGUGCCUGUUCAGCGUUAUGGGGUACAUGACUGAGCAAGAAAAUGAUUUCCGUGUGUACGCGGGCCCAUCGUUGCUCUUUGGGGUCUAUCCUGCGGCCCUGUCGACCAUUCCAGGCGGCCUGCACUGGGUCCGCUUUUUGUUUCUGAACAUGAUUCUGUUAGGGUUGGACAGCGCCUUUGCCCUAGUGGAGGCCGUGGGCUCCCUCAUUACCGAUUCUCAAUACGGACACGUUGUUACGAAGCCGAUGGUGAUCUCCGCCAUCUGCGGGAUCGGCUUCUUCGGUGGACUUCUCUAUACGACUGAUGCAGGGCUUCUCUUUUUGGACACAAUCGAUUUCUAUGUCAAUUUUGCUGUCUUGUUUCUGGGAUUUGGCAAGGCCCUGAGUGCGGGAUGGAUAUAUGGCAUGAAGCRCCAGAUCGAAAACAUUGGAAACAGAUGGAACAUUGCGUACGCGUAUUUUGGGACGACGUUUGGAAGUUUUCUGUUCGCGUCGCUUGUGUGGUUCGGUGUCACGGGGGAAACCUUCUGGCUGGGAUUUAUUUCUCUGGUCGUGAUUUAUGGUAGCGGUGUUGCCUAUUGUUUGCAUAACCUGAAAGAACUGGUGGACGAAGACAAGAGCGUAAGCAUGAGAUUCUUGCGGAACGAGUUGCUAAUGGGAAAUAUAUUGGAGUUGCGCGACGAAUUGUCGUCCUCCGUCGGACACAUACCGUGGAUCUGGGCGUUUCUAAUGAAACACAUCAUUCCGCAGAUUUUGUUGGUGCUAUUUUUCAACCUUUUUUUCUCUGAAACAGCUUAUGGUAAGUCGGAAAGAUGCUUCGUGGAACGUUUUGUCCAGCGCUCCCACUAUGUUGCAGCGGCAACUUUUCAUUCAAACAAAGGUACCCGAGGGUAAUCUCGCUCAUCCUGCUUUAUUGUAACAAUCACCCAAAUCUUUUCGAUUAAACCUUCUUUUUGUCGUUUAAAAAACUUACAGGCACCAUUGACUUUGGAAAUUACAACGGCUACGAAACGUGGCCGUACCAGGCGGUAGGUGUGACAUCGGCACUGGCCGUAUUCGGUGCAGUUUUGGUUGGUGUCCUGGAUUCCAAGAUCUUUGAUUGCUUGGUAUCCGAUAGCACUGACGAUAGCAACAACGACGAUUCGUGGGUGGACGUUGUAGAAAUGAAAGAGCACGCUACGAGCGGAAACAACCAAAACAAUUUGGAGGAAGUACGGGUGCCAUCGCCCAGCUCGGAGUACAGCAUCAUGGACGACUUGGAAAACCCGAAAGAAGCGACCAAAGCCACCGCAAAGGGAGCCAUUCUGGCAUGACGGGAAAAUAGCAAGAAAGAAAGAGAUGGGUCCAUU